AUGGCUUUGCGUCUAAAGGAAUGUGUCGACAACAAGCGACGGACAGGUGAUGGACAGGAGGUCCCUCUGUUCGAUGCGUUGAUCAGGCUUAAGCAGUUGCGGAGUAGUCGUCGGCUUUCAUCCACUCUGCUCGCUGCUCUGAGCCUCCAAGGGAAAGACCUGUCUGCUGAUGACAUGGACGUGCAGCGCGUCCGGGACUUCCGUGGUGACUGGCCGGCCAACAUGGGCUCAAUCGACCAGAAGAGCGAGCGCGGUGUGCGUAUCGCCAUAGACCGCGGUGGCACCUUCACGGACUGCGUAGGCAACCCGGGCACGGGCAAGAUGGAGGACGACAUCUUGAUCAAGCUGUUAUCGGUCGACCCAGAAAACUACGAUGACGCCCCACUCGAAGGCAUCAGGCGGCUGCUGUCCAAGUUCGACGGUAAAGAGAUUCCACGAGGUCAGCCUCUGGACACGAGCAAGAUCGAGAGUAUACGGAUGGGUACCACAGUAGCUACGAAUGCGUUGCUUGAACGGAAAGGUGAAGAUAUUGCCAUGGUAGUGACAAAGGGAUUCAAAGAUUGCCUGGAGAUUGGCAACCAAAGUCGACCGAACAUCUUCGAUCUGGCUAUCAGGAAGCCUGAAGUACUAUAUAAGAAGGUGGUGGAGAUAGACGAGCGAGUGACCUUGGAAGACUACGCAGAGGACCCGCAGCGGACCAACACCGACGCCUCUUCCAUCGACGAUGCGAGCACUGAUGCUGAGCUUGUCAAAGGCCUGAGUGGCGAGACUGUAAGGAUACUGCGAAGACCGCAAGAGGAGCGCAUCAGGAAGCAGUUACAAGAAGUCUUCGACUCCGGCCUAAAGAGCAUAGCAGUAUGCCUGAUGCAUGGCUACACAUACCCCAAGCACGAAGCUCUUGUUGGCAAAAUCGCACGCGAGAUUGGAUUUACACACGUUUCCUUAUCUCACGAACUCAUGCCCAUGAUCAAGAUUGUUCCUCGCGCGACGUCAGCGUGUGCGGAUGCUUAUCUGACACCGGCAAUACGGAAGUAUAUUGAUGGCUUCUCAGCUGGAUUUGAGGGUGGCCUAGGAAGUGAGAGCGUAAAGAAGGAACAAGGUUCCAAGGGCGCCAGGUGCGAGUUCAUGCAGUCUGACGGUGGGCUUGUGGAUGUGGACAUCUUUUCAGGGCUACGAGCUAUCCUCUCUGGUCCAGCUGGGGGUGUUGUCGGCUAUGCGUUGACAAGCUAUGACCCAGAAACGAAGACUCCUGUCAUCGGCUUCGAUAUGGGAGGCACCAGCACAGAUGUGAGCCGCUACGGGAACGGGAGGUACGACCACGUCUUUGAGACCACAACAGCCGGCGUCACCAUACAGAGUCCACAGCUGGACAUCAAUACCGUAGCUGCAGGCGGUGGCUCACGGCUGUUCUGGCGGAAUGGCCUGUUCGUGGUCGGUCCAGAGAGUGCCGGCGCUCACCCUGGACCUGCGUGCUAUCGGAAAGGCGGACCACUUACCAUCACGGAUGCAAAUACAUAUCUCGGCCGACUGCUACCCGACUUCUUUCCAAAGAUCUUCGGCAAGAACGAGGAUGAGGGCAUCGAUGAGCAGGCGAGCGAGAAGCUGUUCAAGGAGCUCACUGAGCAGAUUAACGGCGAGAUCGCCGGCUCGAGUAAGGAGAAGGAGAUGAGCAUGGAUGAAGUGGCCUACGGCUUCGUCAAAAUUGCCAAUGAGACCAUGACCCGUCCCAUACGAUCACUUACAGAAGCACGAGGGCAUGACACGAGCAAGCACCGACUGGCGACUUUCGGUGGCGCUGGAGGCCAGCAUGCUGUUGCUAUCGCCGAAGCUCUCGGUAUCUCCCAGAUUCUCGUGCAUCGCUACUCCUCAGUUCUUUCGGCAUACGGCAUGGCGCUUGCUGAUGUCGUGGACGAAAGACAGGAGCCCGACUCAAGAGUCUGGUCUGACGAAGAAGAUACUCGAAGUUAUCUGAAAAGCAAGAUGGACGAGCUGAAGCGAAAGUCCACAGCCACGCUCAAGGACCAAGGAUUCGAGGAAAGCAACAUCCACUUUGAAGAGUACCUAAACAUGAGGUAUCGUGGUACAGAGUCGGCGCUCAUGAUCGUCAAGCCGACCAAGGAAGAAGCCCAGAGUCUCUACGAUGGAGACGAGAUGGGGUUCGGCAAGGCUUUCGUUCGACAGCACGAGCAGGAAUUCGGCUUCACCUUGCCAGACCGAGACAUCAUUGUAGAUGACGUGCGAGCGCGCGGCAUUGGCAAAACGUUCGAAGGUCUCGAGAAGACAGUCGAUCAGCAACUGAAAGAGAUCCAGCCCAAAGACCUAGGCAAGGAUGAGAAGCAGUAUGGCAAGAGGAGCGUAUACUUCGAAGGCGGCAGACAAGACACUGCCAUCUACAAGCUGGAGGACCUGGCAGUCGGAGAUCGGAUCAAAGGUCCUGCUAUUAUCGCCGACGGCACACAGACGAUCGUGGUCACGCCCGAAGCUACCGCACUGUUGAUCAAUACGCACAUUGUGAUCAACAUUGGCGACAGCGGCGCCAUGGAGAAGAAGGUCAAUACAACGGAGGUCGACCCGAUCAUGCUCUCCAUAUUCGCGCACAGGUUCAUGGCGAUCGCAGAACAGAUGGGCCGAGCACUGCAGAAGACGAGCGUCAGCACGAACGUGAAAGAGCGGCUUGACUACUCUUGCGCUCUGUUCGACUCCGACGGCGGUCUGGUCGCGAAUGCACCGCAUCUCCCAGUUCAUCUCGGCAGCAUGUCGACUUGCGUGAAGAAGCAGGCAGAGAUCUGGAAGGGAAAGCUAAAGAAAGGCGAUGUGUUGGUUUCGAACCACCCGAUGUUCGGCGGCACGCAUCUACCAGACAUUACCGUCAUCACGCCAGCCUUCAGUGGCGAGAACAUAGUCUUCUACGUCGCUUCACGAGCACAUCAUGCAGACAUUGGAGGCAUCCUCCCCGGCUCCAUGCCACCGCAUUCGAGAGAACUGUUCCAAGAAGGCGCGCACAUCAAGUCGGAGAAGCUGGUCUCCGAGGGCCAUUUCAACGAAGCGCGCAUCACGAGUCUCCUGCUCAACGAGCCAGCGAAGUACCCCGGAUGCAGUGGAACGAGAUGUCUGGCCGACAACCUCAAUGACCUGAAAGCACAGAUUGCGGCGAAUCAGAAGGGAAUCAACCUCAUCAGCACGCUCAUCGAGGACUACGGUGAAGACGUCGUGCAGUUCUACAUGCACAAUAUCCAGGACAAUGCCAAUUUGAGCGUCAGGAAUCUUCUCAAAGAUGUGUCAAAACGGUUCGAAGGCCGGGAUCUAUCGGCGGUGGACUUCAUGGACGACGGCAGCCCGAUCAAGCUCAAGAUCACUAUCGACGGAGAGAAAGGCGAAGCAGUGUUCGAUUUCACGGGCACCGGGCCAGAGGUGUACGGCAACACGAACGCCCCGGAGGCGGUGACAUACAGUGCUAUCAUCUACUGCCUGCGCUGUCUCAUCAAAGAGGACAUCCCGCUCAACCAAGGUUGUCUACAGCCGAUCAACGUCAUCAUUCCGAAGAAAUGCUUCUUGUCUCCCUCAGGCACAGCGGCAGUCGUUGGCGGCAACGUCUUGACCUCCCAACGGGUAACGGACGUGGUGUUGAAAGCUUUCCAGGCCUGCGCGGCGAGCCAAGGCGACACGAACAACCUGACGUUCGGCUUCGGCGGCAAUGUCGAGGGCGAGGAGGAAGUCAAGGGCUUCGGCUACUACGAGACCAUCGCUGGCGGCUCAGGUGCUGGUCCGGACUGGGACGGCACGAACGGCGUCCACACGCACAUGACUAAUACCAGGAUCACGGACUCGGAGGUCUUCGAGCGCAGAUAUCCUGUCAUUCUUCGAGAGUUCAGCUUAAGAGCUGGAAGUCAUGGUGCUGGACAGCAUAAGGGCGGCGAUGGCGUUGUCAGAGACAUCGAGUUCCGCAUCCCAGUGCAAGUGAGUAUCCUGAGCGAGCGGCGGGUGUAUCAUCCCUACGGCCUGGCCGGUGGCGAGGACGCUGAGUGUGGCGUCAACUACUGGGUGCGCAAGGUGGAGAAAGUAAAGGGUAGUGAUGCCGAUGCGGAAGCCCAGGGGAACCAGCCGAACGGUGACCAUGCUUCGCAGGACGAUGCCGAAGAGGAAGAGAGGUUCAUCAACAUGGGCGCCAAGAAUACUGCGUCGAUGAAGCCGGGCGAACGCAUCAUUGUGAUGACGCCGGGUGGUGGCGGCUGGGGACAGGUCGGGAAGGAGAGCCAGAGCAAGCAGCAUGAGCGUGAGGAUCCGAAGCAUAGUUGGCGAGGGGGUAGUAUUGCUUCUAGGCAGGCUGAGGCGGAAGCGUCGGCCUAG